AACAUUAUAGAAGCACCAUAGUUACAGAGCCUUGAGAGAGUUCAAUUAAUUUGCUCACAAGGAUGUUUUGCUGAAAUCAUAAAUGAUCUUAUUGCAGUGGACACCUUCAAUACAAACUUUGUUGCACUUUUAAUACAGAAUGGUACUUUGUGCCUAUGAUAAUUACAAACCGUAACUGACUCGAGUAUCAGGAGCGGUUGGCUGAAAGGUCUUGAUGAAAGGUUAGAGCAGGGUUGGGGACUAAAUACUUAAGGAUCUUACUACACCUGAACAUCUCAAAAGCUGAAGGCAGAAUGGGAGUGUGAUGAUGAGUAUAACAACAUCCCACUUUUAUUGAUACACAUGACAAAAUGGAGGGACCAUGUUCCCCAUCUGUCACCCCCUUUCAAGAAAGAGUACAAGUACAUAAUGACAAAAUCCCAGUUUCCAACAAUUGCUUUCAGUUGCUUUCGUACACCACAGCACAAUUAGAUUAAGUACAGUAUGCCAUUGUCAAGUCCGUAAAUGUAAGAAAAGAGUAGGGAGAGAGAUGAAUAUAUCUUGUAAGUUCUACUAAAAUAAGUGACUAAUAUCUACUUGUGUGUGUGUGUGUGUUUGUGUUUGUGUUGUUUUUCUCUAAAUGAGCCAGGAUGGUGUCUCCUGCUAUUGCUCUGGCAUUCCUUCCCCUCCUGCUGACAUUGAUUAUCAGGUACCGCUUCUACUUUGUGCUGUUCUAUCGGGCGGUCCUGGUCAGGUCAUGGAAGGACUGUGUUACUGGUCUGAGCCGAGAGGAGCGCGCCUACCAGUAUGUUCUCACUCAUGCCAUCCCCGGAGACCCUGACAGCAUCCUGGAAGCCUUCGAUAUCUGGUGCAGCAAGGUGGAGUUCAUCAGCAAUAUUGGGCCUAAAAAAGGGAAGAUCCUGGACCGGCUGCUGAUGGAGCAGAGCCCUCUCACAGUUCUGGAGCUGGGUGCCCACUGCGGAUACAGCACUGUGCGCAUCGCCCGGGCUCUGCCCCUGGGUGCCAGGCUCUACAGCAUUGAGAUGGACCAGAGGAAUGCUGCCAUUGCUGAGAAAAUCAUCCGCCUGGCAGGGUUUGAUGAUGACACGGUGGAGCUCAUUGUGAAUCCAUCUGAUGAGGUGAUCCCUCGGCUAAGGUCGGACUAUGGUUUGGAAAGGCUGGAUUUUGUCUUCAUGGACCACUGGAAGAAAUGCUACGCCCCUGAUCUGCAGAUGCUGGAGGGCUCUGGUCUGCUGGGAAAAGGGUCAAUGAUCGUGGCAGACAAUGUGCUGUUCCCAGGGGCUCCAAAGUUCCUCAGACACAUUCGCAAGAGCGGCCUGUAUGAGUGGAAGGUCCACCGGGCCACACUGGAGUACAGCAAAGGCAUCAGGGACGGGAUGGCUGAGCUGGUGUACCUUGGAAUCAAGUAGACAUCAUGCAGACUGGGAUAUCACACACUACGGCACAGAUACACGUUUUAGGAGUGACAAGGGAUAAAUUGAUUUUAGUAUAACCCCUGUUUAAACUGUUUUUCAAGAGAAUUGUGAUAAGAUAACUGUAAAUUGUUCGCUAAAAAGUUACAUUCCCCUGUGGUGACUACUGGGGAUCUUUGCCCUUUGUCACCACCCCAUCAUUUUCUUCUGUCAGCUUUUUACUGAAAGCAGAAAUAUCAGGAGACAGUUGUCAAAAUAUAGCUUGUUCAUUUAAAAAUAAAUGCUAAAUUUAAAAAAAAACAAAAACACACGAGCAAAUUCAUUAAAUGUGUUGUGCAAAGUA